CGCGAAGACGAUGGAACCAGAUCCAUAUCAGCUCCAUGGAACAGAUCACACUGGUACGAUGCUAGUCUCGCAUCAGUUGGAAGGAAACAAUUUUCUAUCCUGGAAACGUUCAAUGAUGAUAGCUUUGGGGGCUAAAACGAAGCUCGGGUUCAUCAAUGGAGAAAUCGAACAACCUAAUCUGAAUGAUGAAAGGUAUGCGGCAUGGAGAAAGGUCGAUUGGACGGUACUUUCAUGGAUUCUGAACUCGUUGUCAAAGGAUAUUGCGGAAUCCUUUCUAUAUGCUGAAAACUCCAAGGAGCUAUGGGAGGAUAUUUGUCAGAGAUAUGGAGAGAAUAACGGACCGAUGAGGUACAAGGUGCAGAGGGAAAUUUCAGGCUUAACUCAAGGUAAUAGUUCUGUAAUGGAGUAUUUCAAUAAGCUGAAGAAGCUUUGGGAUGAGUUUGCUUGCAUAGUACCUAUGAGGAUCUGUGAUUGUGAAAAAGGAAAGAUGAUGGUGCAGUUUGAGGCAGAAAAUAAGCUAAUUCAGUUUCUAAUGGGAUUAAAUGAUGGCUAUGAUAAUCUGAAGAAUCAAAUUCUGUUGAUGGAGCCAUUACCUAGUGUUAGCAAAGCCUACUCAAUGGCUUUAACAGCUGAGAGACAGAGAAGUGUCCAGAAUAUGUAUGGAGAGAAGGUAGAGAGUGUUGCCAUGAUGGCUAAAUCAGGAGGUUAUGGGAGAGGAGGAGGAAUGCAGGCUAGGGGAAAUCAUUUGGGAAGAGGAGGAAGUGGAGGACAAUGGAACACAGGGAGAGGAAGAGGAGGUAUGAGAUUGACUAAGGAGGAAAAGGCAAAACUGAUUUGUGAGAAGUGUGGGAUGCAUGGGCACACUAUUGCAACCUGCUUUAAAAUACAUG